AAGGGGGCAAAAUCAGUUUGGUCUGGUGAAGGAGAGGAAGAUGAGUGGCGGAGCUACCGAGAUCUGAGCAAAAUCAGGGACGAUCUGUUAUGCUUUGUUGCUUCUGUUUGAUCCGGUGAAGGAGAGGAAGAUGAGUGGCGGAGCUGUCGAGAUCUGAGCAAAAUCAGGGACGAUCUGUUAUGCUUUGUUGCUUCUGUUUGGUCCGGUGAAGGAGAGAAAGAUGAGUAGCGGGGAUGUGAGCUUUAUCAGGAGCUGUCAACAGAAGUGGAGCAAUGAUGAGGCGGUGACUGGUGGUGAGAUCUUGACGGAAGUGGUGCAGAGAUCAGGUUGCUUUGUCGGAGGUGAUGAGGCGGUGAUUGGUGUGGUGAGAUGCCGAUGGAGUCAUGGCACGGAGAUGGAGCAGGGAUGAAGGAGAGGGAUGGCCGGUGGAUGAUGUGUUUCUUCAACUUUCUAAUUCUAUUUUUUCCAUGUGUUUUAACAAAAUGUUAAUUUUGAG